AUGUCUGACGGAAACGCUUCAACCGGCCAGUCCUACUUGGAUCAAGCCAGUGGCCUCGCUCAGCGUGCCAUGGGCACCGUGACUGGUGACUCCUCUACUCAGGCCAAGGGCGAUGUCAAGAAGGCCGAAGGCGAAGCCAAGAAUGAAGCUUCCCACACAACCGCCAAGCUAGGCCCCUUCUCUGCCGAUCCCAACACUGGUGCCGUGGCGCAGGACAACGAGAACCGCCCCACUGGCCAGUGGGACCAGACUGUCGGCUCUACCAAGGAAGCCGUAGGUAACCUCAUCGGCAACGAGAGCCUCCGUCGCGGUGGUGCCGAGCAGAACGCCGCUGGAAAGGAGCAGGAAGCCAAGGGUCAGCUCAAGGACUGGGGUGAGGGUAUCCAGAACCGCGCUCAGGGUGCUCUGGGCUCCGUUGGUGCUGCUGUCACGGGUGACCGCGAGAAGGAGGAGAAGUACCGCGACCAGCAUGAUGAGGGCAAGGUCCGUCAGCGCGGUGCUGAGGCUGAUAUUGUCAAGAAGCAGGGCGAAUAA